UGCGCAUAACACAUACAGUGAUUACGUCGAACGUCCGUCCAUGAGAAACUGUUGAACGGUAGCGAGACAUGUCAGAGAAGAAACAAACUGUAGAUUUGGGGUUGUUGGAGGAGGAUGACGAAUUUGAAGAAUUCCCUGCUGAGGACUGGACAGGCCUGGAUGAAGAUGAGGAUGCACAUGUUUGGGAGGAUAACUGGGAUGAUGACAACGUAGAGGAUGACUUUUCUAAUCAGCUCAGAGCGGAGCUUGAAAAACAUGGAUACAAGAUGGAAACCUCCUAACUGUUGGAUUAUUUCAGCUGAAAAUCAUGUUUUCUUGUCUAAUUAUUUCUGUAAGAAACUCAACGUCAUAAAACUGAUCAGUUGGAUCUGCUAUCAAUGUGUUUAUUUUUAGCUUUCCUACCUUAUAUACCACUCAUGUGUUAAUUGUUAUAAUAAAGAGAUGCUUU